AUGGGUACGACACUGUUGCCAGAACACAUCGCUCCCGUCCAGGGAUAUUCAACAGGCAUCUCCCAGCCGUCCAUUGAAAGCGCCCACGUGGGCUACAUAGUGCGCAUCUCCGUCGAGCAACUGGGCAUGGAGUCGACUGCGAGCACUGUGGAGGUUGCCGAGCCGAUGACAGAGAAGGCAUACGACGGUGGAGAGACAAUUAGCGACGAAGGCGAGCGCAUGCAGAGGGUCGUCGCGACUCGUACACGCUCGGAAAAAGCUAGGGUUAUUGCCCGAGUAUGUGAAGACCGCACGCGUGAAAGCGCUAGUGAACAUCAUAAAGAAGAGCGGGAACAUGCAGAAGGAGGGGGGACGGCGAGGGGGGCAGUCGUGUGA